AAAUCAACGUACAACUCCUUGAAGCUUGAAUUUGCCGCAACGUACUACAUGCACUCCGGCCAACCGCUUUGUCCACAGGAAAAUGGAGGCCACUCGGAACGCUCACUGCAUUCAAUUUCUCCUCCUUUCAAGCCAUGGCGGGAGGAGCAAACACGGCAGGGCUACAGCACGAAAAGCACCGUUAUCCCUGAAUUCAGAGAUGAAGGAAAAAAUCGAGAUAAGAGUGUGCACAAACAGGACGUGCAGAAAGCAAGGUUCACUGGACGCGUUUCAAGUGUUCUCCGGAAUCGCUCCUCCUUUCGUCACUGUGAAGUCCUGCGGGUGCCUCGGGAGGUGCGGGUCGGGUCCCAAUGUGGUAAUUUUUCCGGAGGGUAUUGUUGUCGGCCAUUGCGGGACGCCGACCAAGGCUGCCGAUACGAUGUCGUUCGUCUGCGGCGGCAGCGUUGCCGAUGACAGAGACGCGGUGAACAACUGUUUGGAGGCAUUAGCUUUGAGGAAGAGGGCUGAAGAAGAUACUUGCCGGGGUGACUUUGCUCAGGCCAUCAAUUUGCUGUCUCAGGCUAUUGAUCUCAAACCGUUCGGCGGUGUGCAUAUAAUGUAUAAGGACAGGUCUUCAGCAAGAUUGGCAAUGGGAGAUGCAAAUGGAGCACUUGAGGAUGCUAAAGAAGCUUCGUCUCUUGCCCCUCACUACCCCGAGGCUUAUAUUUGUGAAGGCGAUGCUUUAAUGGAUUUGCAUCAAUUUGACACUGCUGAGAAAUCUUAUUCGUUCGCUUUAAAUUUGGACCCUUUGAUCCGUCGUUCCAAAUCAUUCAAGGCUAGAAUCACGAAGCUUCAUGAGAAACUGGCUUUGACAAACUCGGGUUGAAAUGUUCUUUUUUAAAGUUACUUUCUUGAGGUAUAAUAUCGAACUUCAGGUUCUAUUUUUUUACUUUGUUUUAUUUACGCUUUCGCUGUCGUUGGCGCCAAAUAUCUUUGUAAUACAAGGCGUUACAUGUGAAUUAAACUCGAUUGCAGUAUGUAAAUUAAAGCUUGGCGAUUUUAGUUAUACCGUAUUCAUACA